AUGGACGGCACGUCGAUCCCUCUGGCCGACUACUUCUGGAUUGCCGGCAUAGAGUCCAUCGUUUACGACGAUGGCCUCCAGCCUUCUUCCAACGUGGUCGGCGCCGGUGGUGUCGUCAAAGAGCCCCAGGUAGAGUCCACCAUUGUCGAGGACGGUGAGCCGGCCGACGACGCCGGCGUAUUCUCUCCUUCUCCCUCUGCUUCCUCUACCCCUGCCGCAGCCAGGUCGUCCAGUCGCUUUUCUCAGCUGAGCUCCGCGGUAAACCGUUUCUCGCGCAUGUCUCUCUCCGAUAACAAUGGCGUCGGCAGCGGCAGCGGCAGCGGCAGCGGCAGCGGCAACGGCAACGGCAACGGCAACGGCAACGGCAACAGCAACGGCAACAGCAACGGCAACAGCAACAGCAGCAGCAACCGCUUCUCUAUCGCUAGUAUCGAUGAGCUCGACUCGGGGAACACCACCAGCAACAGGAGCAGCGCCACCAUCCGAGCCAACAACCCCGGCCCGACUCCAGCUGCUCCCUCCGGCGGCCUCACCGUGCCUGAGCUGACCGUCACCGCCAGCGGCGACGACAACAACAACAACAGCAACAACAACAACAACAUCAACGGCAGCAGCAGCAGCAGCAGCAACCAGAACAGCGGCAUCUUCUUCCUCGAGGGUUUCGACUUUGACAAGGCUCUCGUCAAGUUCGCCGCCGAGAGGGAGGACUUUCUUGAGGACUUGACCUUCUCUGCUGGCGCCAAGAUCCAAUCCAGACCUCCCAUGAUCAACCCCCGCGCCGAGCGCAUCAAGGCCGACGACGGAGACGGCCGGAUGAGCCCGCUUAAGAGUAUCGGCGGGAGCAUCAGGAGGAGAAUCAGCUUCCGCGACAUGAACAGCGUGCGGAAGCAGCCCAGCCUCAGGGCCCCUCCCAGGGCCAACAACCCUCAAAGAGCUUGUGAGUCGACGCAGUCCAGCCACCUACCACGGGGAACGAGGAGGAAUUCAUGGCUCACUGACAAACCUCAAUCUCCCCCCGCUCCCGCAGCCUCCAUCCGAACCUCGAGACGCCUGAGCAACUACAACUCCGUCAUCCCCCCACCCGAGCCCCUCAACACCGACCCCGACAUGCACCCGCUCAGGCGGCGCUUCGAGCCCGUCCUCCUCGACCGAUACCCCCCGAAAGAUGCGACCGAGGACCUGGCCCGCCGCGGCAGGUUCCCCGACUACGUGCCCAUGUUCGCCUUCCCCAACGACAUCCAGGUGGUGUCGUCGGACGAGCGGCCGCGGUCGACCUGGCACGGCUUCACCAUGACGUCGGACGAUAACUCGAAGCUGUACGGCAUCACCAUCAUCGUCUGGACGGCCGUCAACGCCCACGUCGCCGAGGAGAUUGAGCUGCGGUGCGAGCGGUGGCGCCAGGGCCACAUGUCCAACGAGGAGCGCGAGCUGGCCGCCAGCCUGGGCGUCAGGCUGGCCAACGAGCGCUCCCACCUGUCGCAGCUUCUGGCCAAGCUGCCCACCAUUCCCUCGGGCACCGCGGCCCGCGACCGCCUCGAGGAAGAGAUCAGCACGGUGGAGGAGAAGAUCACGCUCAUGACCGACAUGCUGCGCCCGCUGCGGCACGGCGCCGCCUCCAAGAUUGAGGGGCUCACCGCCGGCGAGAGCGGGCUGUGGACCCCGCGGGCGUACGGCGUGCUCGGCCGCGACGCCUCCGCCAUGGGCUUCUGGAAGGAGUGGCUCAAGGCCGUCAUCGUGCCCAUGACGGACGGCGGCGUGCUCCGCAUCCCCCCGACGUCGCCCAAGGUCGGCCGGUGGCAGCCGCUGGAGCGCUACGUCGUCAACCUCUGCACCGAGGCCCUCAGCCCGCUCGGCUCCAAGACGCAGGUGGAGCUGAGCGUGCGCGAGCUGCGGCUGUACGCGCGCAAGGAGGCGCACAACGAGAUACCCGGCACGCGCACCAUCGACCUCUACGCCCUGUUCCGCUGCCUGUCGCUCGAGAACGUGCUCGCCCUGUUCGAGUUCGCCAUGUCGGAGUCGCGCAUCAUCUUCCUCUCGUCGCACGCCAGCAUGCUGCACCUGGCCUGCCACGCCCUCGCCAGCCUGCUGUACCCCUUCAAGUGGGCCAGCAUCUUCAUUCCCAUCCUCCCCGCGCGCCUCAUCUCGGCCCUAGAGGCCCCCUGCCCCUACAUCGUCGGCAUCGAGCGUCGCUACGACAACAUCACGCUCCCGGAAGACGACUACGUGCUCGUCGACCUGGACCAGGACACCAUCGACGCGACCUCGCAGCCCGUGCGCCUGCCCCGCCAGAUCCGCCGCAAGCUCCAGUCCCUCCUGCAGAUGGCCGCGCCCCACCGGCUCCGGUACGGCGUCGCGUCGGGGCCGCCACCCUACGCCAUGGAGAGCUUCCCCUACGACUCAUUCUCGUCCGAGAACGCCAGCCUGUUCAACCCGCGAGCCCAGCCCUGCACGCUGGGCAAGUGGGCGUCGCAGAGCUCGUCGACGUUUGGCGCGCCCGACCCUCGGCAGGACAUCCAGCAGCCCGUCUUCAACGCCUUCGCCACGGCCCCCACCGACAACGGGAAGUCGGACCGUCCGGGCACGAGCAGGUCGAGCAACAAGACGAGCCCGAAGUCCUCCCUGUCGCCCGUGUCGACCCACUUCCCCCCGAUGCCGACGACGCCGAUCUCGCGCAGCGACUCGGGACUCGGCCUGGCCGCCACGCUCCGCGAGAAGCGGUCGGGACACUUCCGCGACGACAGCGGGCGGCGCAGCUCAUCCUUCGGCGUCGAGACCCGCCCGCCGCGCGUGGUGCCCCCCGGCGCCGCCGGCGGUCCCACGCACAAGCCCAGCCUCCAGUUCCUCAACGGCCACCAGCCCAACAUGUCCAUCACCUCCAUCUCGGCCGACUCCCUCUCGUCCCUGGGCGGCAGCGGCAGCGGCAGCGGCAGCGGCAGCGGUGGCGGCGGCGGAGGAGGGGCAGGCUACGCGCCGUCCGCCUACGCGCCGUCGACCAUGGCGGCUUCGACCAUCAUGCCGAGCAUGCAGGUGCACCCGGUGCACGACACGGACACGACGGUCUGGGUUGAGGGUCACUGCCAGGUGUGGAGCCCCAAGGACGAGUCUAACUGCAGUAUAUGCCUCGAGAAGGCCGAGGACGACGGCAUCUUCAUCUGCUCCGGCUGCGGCAUGGCCUCGCACGGCCGCUGCCUGGGCUUCGUGUCGGUCGUGUGCCCCGAGGCCUUCCACGCCGACCGCGUCCGCGCCGCCUUUGCCAGGUGCCUCGCCAGUCUGCUAUACACGUACCGCAAGUACCUCGGCAGGCCGUCGAAGCAGCAGAAGGGGAACGGGCAGCUGUUUGCCUUUGACAUGAGCGGUUUCAUCAAGGGUCUUCCUCACGAUCAGCAAGAAUAUGCCACCAUGUUGCGUGAGACUCAGGGUUUCAACGAAUUCAUCCACGACCGAGAAAUGAAACCCCAAUCAGACCCCGUCAUCCGCCUUUUCGACGAAAUCAUCAUGGCCAAGAAAGCCCGCGGCCGCCCUGGCCUAUCAUCCAGCCUAUCCCGUCUAGCCUCCCUCCGAUCAUCAUACAGCGUCAGCGGCAACUCCCUGACCCUCCCGACCUCGUCCUCCUCCUCCGGCGGCGGCGGCGGCGGAAAGCCAUCCACCUACCUAUCCGACACGUCCGACCACAUCUGGCGCACGGCAUCCGUCCCCCUCCCCAAGGGCGGACAGUUACCAGACAACUACCGCACAAUCGUCACCCGCGUUCCCGCCCGCCUGGACAAGUCCCUCAUGCGCGAGCCGAGAGCCAUACAAGGUGCCCCUCGCGUAGAGCCCCGUGGCCCCCGCCUGCCGAGGAAAAAAGUCCCCAGCAUGAUUGGACCUUCUACAUAA